UAUUGCUUUUGUUCUUGUUCCUGCUAUGAAUCAGAUGAAGAAGAUGGAUAUCAAUGAAGCCUGGGGCAGAAACUUGAUGAUCAUGGAAGGAGACGACUCAUCAUCAUCACUUGGUGAAAACUCAUCAAAGAACUGCAGUUCUUCAACAUCUUCAUCGGACUUUGUUGAUGAUGCAUCAUCAUCAUCAUCAUCCAAUGGACCUCUUUAUGAAUUAUCAGACCUCAUGGCUCAACUACCUAUCAGGAGAGGGCUUUCAAAGCAUUACCAAGGGAAGUCUCAGUCAUUCACAACAUUAGCAAGGGUGAUGAGCAUAGAUGAUCUUCCAAAGAAAGUGUUGAACAAUAGAGGCAAGAUGAAAUCCUGUAAGAGAUAUGGAUGGGGACUUGAUGGUCAAAGAAACAAGUCGUUUAGCCCCAAGGCUGCCACUUCAAAGAAGGGUUGUUCCAACAGAGGCUGUUUCAUGUCUUCUCUGGAUAAGAGGAUUAGUAGUGAUUUAGUGAUUACUGAAAAUGUAGGGUUGAGGUAAUAUUGUUCAUGUCUA